CGAGACUCUUCUCCCUGGGGUCUGAGAGAUGCAGCUGGGAGAUGCCGAGCCGGGGGGAACCUCUUCCUUGACCGAGGGUCCUCUGAUGAUGGCCCAAAGGGUGAGUUCUGGAGCAGCGGAGGGGGCCACGGCCGCCCUCCUCCCCACCGGACCCCCGGCCGUCCAGUCCAGGAUGGAGAACUUCAGGAAGGUGAAGAGCUCCGAGCAAGGCAGCCCCUUGCCCUUCUCUGACUUGCAGCCCCACGUGGUGGAGAUGAAGGUGAAGGAGGGCAGCAAGAUCCGGAACUUGAUGGGCUUCGCCAUGGCCAAGAUGGAGAAGGAGGACAUCCGUCAGAUUGUCUUCAGCGGCUGCGGACGGGCGGUCACCAAAACCAUCACCUGCGUGGAGAUCAUGAAGAGGAAGUUGGGCGGUCUCCACCAGGUCACCAGGCUCCAAUACCGGACCUUGGUGGAAGUGUGGGAGAACCAAGGGCCAAGGGCGGAAGGACCCCCUGAACACCUCACCGUCCACAAGAAUGUGCCCUCCAUCUACAUCCUCUUGUCCAAGGACUUGGUGGACCCCAAUCAGAUGGGCUACCAAGCUCCCAGCCCUUCCGGCAGCGUCUGGGCUGAGAGCAGGCUCCCCCCCAAGGCAACCAAGAGAAGGCUGAUUGCGCCCCACGAAGAGGACUAGCCCAGCCGUGCAGCCCAACAACAAGAACUCUGGGAGGACGUGACUUUGGGAUUUUGACUCAGUUGUGUGUUCCUUCAGCCUUCGGCGAACGUGAAAAGAAUAAUCCAAGCCACACGCCAGCCUUACAAGGACAACCGGUUGAAUUUGCAAUUUACAUUUAGAGACACGUUGGAAAGAGAAGGCUCACAGAACCGCAACGGUGCCAACCUGCAAUGGAGUGUCUUGAAUAUGCCGCGUUGCACUUUGUAAAACAUGAUUUAUGACUCAAGGUUGAGGUGUGCGGAGG